UAAGCGAUUUCCCAGUGAAAAAUUGUCGCACGAUGCGUCCUCCAAUUUUUUUCGUUUGCCUCUCUGCCAUCCUCGGCUCUUCGGUCGGCGAAAACUUGGACUCCAAAUCGGUAGUUUUCGUUAACAUUCUUUUCAGACACGGAGACCGGACACCUGUGGACCCUUAUCCCAAUGAUCCCUACAACAACGAAUCGCUUUGGCCCGUUCCUUUCGGUCAACUUACAAAUACUGGAAAGCACCAACAAUUAUUGCUUGGACGAUGGAUCAGGAAGAGAUACUCGCACUUACUAUCAGAGGAGUACUCACCCUACGAUGUGUACAUUCGAAGCACCGAUGUGGACCGUACUCUGAUGUCUGCUGAAGCAAACCUGGCUGGCUUGUAUCCACCAAAAGGAGACCAGGUUUGGGAUAAUAUGUCCUGGAUGCCGAUUCCUGUCCACACUAUCCCAGAGAAGCAGGACUUCUUGUUGGCUGGGAAGAAAUACUGCUCGAGGUAUAAUUACGAGUUGGCCAAAGUACUUGCUUCGGAGGAAAUGAAGAAGAUUAAUGAAGAAAACCGAAAACUUUAUGCUUACCUUACGGAGAAAUCGGGGAAGAGCGUCGCUUCCCUUGAGGAAGUCGAGUAUAUUUACAAUAUUCUCUACAUAGAGAGCCUUUACAACAAAACGUUGCCCGAAUGGACGAAAUCAGUAUUCCCUGACAAACUCAAACCGCUGGCGGCUGAGAGCUUCAAAACCCCUGCGUACAACAAAAUAUUGCAACGAUUAAAAUCAGGACCUCUCCUCGGUGAGAUGAUAGAACACAUGGUCUUGAAGUCGAAGAAGACCUUGAGCCCCCAUAGGAAACUGUGGAUGUACAGUGCCCACGACAUUACGGUGGCGAACAUGCUAAUGACCCUGGGACUCUUUCAACCUCAUUCACCUCCUUACGCUGCUAGCGUGAUGAUAGAGUUGAGAGUCAACUCGAAAAACCAGUAUUUUGUUACGGUGUUAUACAGAAAUUCAACUGAAGAUCCGAUUCUCAUGACUCUGCCCGGGUGCAUUGCUGAGUGUCCGCUCAGCCAGUUUAUAAGAUUGACAAAGGAUGUUAUUCCAACAAAUUGGGAGAAAGAAUGUUCAGCGGAGUGGGAAAAAUACGAGUAUAGCGUCAACACAACGGCUAUAGUCGCGAUUCUGACGUCCUCCGUGUUGAUGUUAAUCCUCCUAGUUUUCCUGAUUGUUGCAUUUGUUUAUUGCCAUUACAAGCGAGACCACAACCAGUAUUAUCUUCGACUCACCACCGAUCCUAUUUAAUAAUUGCUGUACAUUAC